AUGUUAAUAUUAAGCACAUCAAAGCAUUCUUCAACACAAGAUGUGUAUGAACCAACCACUCUUGAUCAUCUAGUGUUUGGAAUUGCUUCAAGUGUGACAUCAUGGCCUAUGAGGAAGGAGUACACAAAACUGUGGUGGAAACCCAACAUAAGAAUGAAAGGAUGUGUAUUUGUGGAUAGCCUCCCAACCCCAGUUGAAGAAAAUGCUAAAAAUGAUUAUUCUCUUCCUCCUUUAUGUGUCUCUGAAGAUACUUCAAAGUUUCGCUACACUUACCGGGGUGGUCUUAGAUCAGCAAUCCGUGGUGCACGUGUUGUGAAAGAGACUGUGGCACUGAAUCAUUCAAAUGUUAGAUGGUAUGUGUUUGGGGAUGAUGACACGGUUUUCUUCCCCGAGAAUCUGGUGAAAACUCUUUCCAAAUAUGAUCAUAGGCUUUGGCACUAUGUUGGUGCAAACUCGGAGAGUUAUAAGCAGAACUGGUUCUUUGGUUUUGAUAUGGCUUAUGGUGGAGCAGGUUUUGCUAUCAGUUCCUCUUUGGCAAAGGUUUUGGCUAAGGUUUUUGAUUCCUGUAUUGAAAGGUACUCGCAUGUGUAUGGAAGUGAUGCCAGGGUGUACUCUUGCAUAACAGAACUCGGUGUUGGAUUAACAUAUGAACCAGGUUUUCAUCAGGUUGAUUUGAAGGGGAAUGCCUUUGGCCUAUUGGCUGCACAUCCAGUAACUCCCUUGCUGUCCUUGCAUCACCCGGAUAACAUUGAUCCAAUCUUUCCUAACAUGACCAAUACACAAGCUCUACAUCAUUUAUUUGAAGCAGUGACUGUUGAUUCCCAGAGGAUUCUACAACAAACAGUUUGCUAUGACAGAAGGUUUUCAUGGACAAUUUCAGUGUCUUGGGGUUAUGCUGUUCAGAUAUUCCAAAACCAUUUGUUUUUGCCAGAUGUUGUGAGAGUUCAAGGAUCAUUCAAGUACUGGACAAAAGGAACUUUGAUGCAAGACCUAUAUACUUUCAAUACAAGAGAAUUUCACCCUGACCCAUGUAGAAGGCCCAUCAUCUUCUAUCUAGACAAUUUGUCCCAUGGUAAAGGUGGCAUCAUAAGCAGUUACAGAAAAUCUUUCCAAAAUUGCUCAUAUGACAAGGCAUCACGGAAUAGACCAGAAGUGAUCAUAGUGACCACAAACAAGCUAGACCUUGACAUCAAACAGUUGAAGACUCCAAGAAGGCACUGUUGUGAUGUGUUGCCCUCAAUUGCUCCUGACUUGAUAAUGGAAAUUGCAAUAAGAGAAUGCAAAGAGGAUGAAUUGAUUUACAUGCACUGACAGA